AUGCUGGGCAUCACCGUCCUUGCAGCGCUCCUGGCCUGUGCCUCCUGCGAGGUCCCCAGCUUCGAGCCCAACCCGUCAGCACGGGUGGUAGGAGGAGAGACUGUCAGUCCUCACAGCUGGCCCUGGCAGGUCUCGCUCCAGUACCUCAGGGAUGACACGUGGAGGCACACGUGCGGCGGCACCCUGAUCACCGACAGACACGUCCUCACAGCUGCCCACUGCAUCAGCAACCUGACCUACCGCGUGGGCCUGGGGAAGCACAACCUGGCGGUGGAGGACGAGGAAGGCUCCGUGUUCGUGGGUGUGGACACCAUCUUUGUCCAUGAGAGGUGGAGCUCCCUCCUGCUAUGGAAUGACAUCGCCAUCAUCAAGCUGGCAGAGCCCGUGGAACUGAGCGACACCAUCAAGGUGGCAAACCUGCCGAAGAAAAACAUCGUGCUGCCUAAGGACUACCCCUGCUAUGUCACUGGCUGGGGCCGCCUCUUGACUGGUGGUCCCCUUCCCGACGAGCUGCAGAAGGGCCUGCAGCCUAUAGUGCCCUACGCCACGUGCGCCCGGUUCGACUAUUGGGGUUUCCUGGUGAGGAGAACUAUGGUGUGCGCUGGGGGUGACGGCAUCGUCUCAUCCUGCAACGGGGACUCAGGCGGCCCGCUGAACUGCCCAGCUGAGAACGAGGAGGGCUCCUGGGAGGUGCAUGGCAUCGUCAGCUUUGGCUCCAGCGAGGGCUGCAACGUUGUCAAGAAGCCCUCCGUCUACACCCGCGUGUCUGCCUACAUCGACUGGAUCAACAAGAAAAUACAGCUCUGA